CACUCACCCGCAACACCAUGAAGUCCAUCUGCCUGCUGCCCUUCGUGCUCGCCUCCUUCGCGAGGGCGAGUGUCAUCCCAUCGACACCCUAUGGUGUUCACGCUGUGGCUCCCGCCGCCGUGGCCUACUCCAACGUGAACCUGAACGUGCCCGCGCCCGUGCCCGCCGGCGAGGCUCCCGCCCCCGAGCUCCUGGUCCAGCGCACGCCCGUCAAGGCCCUCGGCCGCCCCGUCAUCUCCUACACUCCCCAGGUCACCGAGGUUCGCCCCGAACUCAAGAUCAUCGAGAAGACCUACGACGUGGCCGUGCCCAAGCCCAUCUACGAGACCAAGGAAGUCACCCCCAUCCAGCACAAGUACGUGCCUGAGCCCUACGCCGUGCCCCAGCCCUACGCUGUGCCCCAGCCCUAUGCUGUGCCACAGCCCUACGCCGUGCCCGUACCCGUGCACGAGCAGGUCCACGUACAACACCACGUUGCCGCCGCCCCCGCCGCCGUCACCUACGGCGCUGCCCCCGUCACCUACGGCGCUACCCAUGGUGCUGUUAUCGGCCCUGCCCCUCUUACCCACGGCAUCGCUGCCGUGUCCCACUACGCCAAGGAUUAUUAGGCAGACCUGACGACCACUGCCGGCGCGGAAGGGCAGCACAGAGAGGUGUCGCCAGCCCUUGCGAGGGAGUCUCAACACAGUCUCUGCCGCGAUCGCCGUGGACUUCGUAAUGAAGCCUUAACCGCUGUGUGUGUGUGUGUGUGUACAUAUUUCGAUUCUUUAAAAUCAAUUCUUCAUUAGCAAAACGAAAUUUGGCCUCAAUGUUCCCACUCAGUCUAUAUUCCUCUUCCAACUUAUGUAUUCCCGAUUCAAAGUACCAUUCCUCUUACAUUAAAAAGAAAAUUCUUCU